AUGGAUAAUUUAAAUCAAAAGAUUGAGUUUAAACAUGGCCAUAUCUAUUUGGAAACAGAUGAGAACCAUGCUGUCUCUGGUCAAGAGCUUAAUGGAAGGGUACAUUUGUAUCUCACGCAACCCUUCCCUGCUGCUAGCUUAGAUAUUGUGAUGAAGGGGAUUGAAGCAGUCAAAUGGGUCUCAGGAGAAGGCACCGAAAAUAAAAGGAAGCAUGAGAAGAUAAAUACCCUUACAGAUACUAGGCAAAUCAUUUACUCUUUCCCUCAGAGCAUAGCCAUGCCUGGACAAUAUACCUUUCCAUUUAGGAUUUUGAUUCCUGCUGGGUUGCCUUGAAGCCUUAUGUUUGCAGGCACUAGACGCUCAAGAGCAAUGGUGAAUUACUCACUUUUUGCGAUUCUCAAGCCUGAAGAAAACACUACAUUGGAGGAAAUGAAAUAUAAAACUGAUAUCUCUAUGAGAGAGCCUAUAGAGAAUAUCAGAACAGACUUUGAUUCAUGAAUAGAGUCAAAAAUCAAUAGUUGGUUCGGUCUUAGAAAGCACGGAGAAGUCAAACUCAAAUUGAAGUUUGAUAAGGACUUUUACUUAUCAAAUGAAAUGGUAGUAGUUCAGUGUGACAUUGACAAUUCUCAAUGUAAGAUUCCAAUAAAAUAAGAUCAAGAUGAGUCUGAAGCAAGUUAUUAAAUUAAAAUCCGGCACUGGAACUUUUCUGAAUAGAUAUACAAAAUGGAAGAACUAUUAUGAAGGUAUUCCUAAAAGAGAACAAACAGGAGAAUCCUCAAAAGUAAUGGAGAUGAAUCUAAAAUUUGUCAAUGGCAAUAUUAAUAGAGGACUAGAAGAGAUUUUCACAUUAGAGACUACAGAUAUAACUUUGCUGACUAAACAGCUUCAACCUUCUACAAGUGGGACUUAUGCUAAUAUUUCAUAUAUUGUCUCAGUAAAACUAUAUUAUGGAAUAAAAUCAAGAAGAUCUACAAAAUGUGAAGUUCCUAUUAUCAUUCAGCCUUGCGAAGAAGAGGAAGAUGCUAAAGUAGAAGCUCCUGAAGGUUGGAGCCCUAUUCAGAUACAACAAGAAGGUGAUAUUGAAGCUUCAAGUCCUUCUCUAGCUGCUUCUCCUGAAGAUAUUCAAUAUGUGGAUCCUGAGUGGAAUCAGAAUCUCAAAAAAAAUUAAUAUCAAUUUCACUUUAGGUAAUCAAACAGAUUAGAUGUUUAAAUUUCAAUCUUGUCAGGAAAGAACUCUAUGUUUAUCAAUCCUAUCCAAGAGUCCCCAUCGAUGUUUUAA